GACACGUGUGGAUAUGUCCACUGCGCUUCAGCUUGUCCGCUGGGAUUUUGGAAAUCGUAAAUCGUAUAUUGGGAGGUGUGCAAUCCUUCACGCCACUGAAAUAGGAAUCCUUUCGAUAAUACCUUACAGUAGAGAGGUUGCUCCCCUCUGGAUUGGUUCUCGAUACAGGAACGAAAUCAACUGCAUGCUGUAAAAUCCAGCUCGUUUUUUUUUUUUUUUUUUCGUAUUUUCACUUCAUGGCCUCAAAGAAGCCUUUACAGUGCGUGUUGGCCGGAGUUUGGAGGGCUAGAAAUGUCCGGAGGUUUAGCGCACUCCCAGAAGGCAGCGCUUCUUCGCAAUCUUCUCAGCAUCUCAUCAAUUUGGAAUAUCAGUGCAGUGCUCACAAUUACCACCCUAUUCCUAUUGUUUUUUCUCAUGCCAAGGGGUCAUCCAUCUGGGAUCCAGAAGGCAAUAAGUAUAUAGAUUUCUUAUCAGCUUAUUCUGCUGUUAAUCAGGGCCAUUGUCAUCCCAAGAUUGUGAAAGCAUUGGUGGAACAGACCGAGAAGCUUACUCUUAGUUCAAGGGCAUUUUAUAAUGACAAAUUUCCAGUUUUUGCAGAAUAUCUGACCAGCAUGUUUGGAUAUGAUAUGGUACUGCCAAUGAAUACAGGUGCUGAAGGUGUAGAAACAGCACUAAAGUUGGCUAGGAAGUGGGGCUACCUUAAGAAAAAUAUUCCAAGAGAUGAGGCUAUAAUUGUUUCCUGUUGUGGCUGUUUCCAUGGCCGUACAUUAGCAGCCAUUUCUAUGAGCUGCGACAACGAGGCAACACGUGAUUUUUGGCCUUUAUUGCCAGGUCAGCUUAAAGUUGAUUUUGGCGAUGCUGCUGCUCUGGAGGAAAUUUUUAAAGAGAAGGGAGAUCAAAUAGCUGGGUUUCUGUUUGAGCCUAUUCAAGGAGAGGCAGGGGUCGUUAUCCCUCCAGAUGGUUAUCUGCAAGCUGUCCGAGACCUUUGCUCAAAGUAUAAUGUCCUAAUGAUUGCUGAUGAAAUUCAAAGUGGACUGGGACGUUCUGGAAGAAUUCUGGCCUGUGAUUGGGAAAGUGUUAGACCUGAUGUAGUAAUCUUAGGAAAAGCAUUGGGUGGUGGGGUGUUGCCUGUAAGUGCAGUUCUUGCAGAUAAAGAUGUUAUGCUCUGCAUACAGCCUGGAGAACAUGGAAGCACUUUUGGAGGGAAUCCAUUGGCUAGUGCAGUUGCCAUUGCAUCACUGGAUGUGAUGCAAGACGAAAAACUGGCAAUGAGAUCUGCUCAACUGGGAGAAGACCUCAGACAACAGCUUUUGAAUGUUCAACAGAAAUUUCCUAACCUCAUAAAGGAAAUCCGAGGGAAAGGUUUAUUCAAUGCUGUCGAGCUCAACAGUAAAGUGCUGCAACCCGUCACGGCAUACGAUAUUUGCCUGAAGCUGAAGGAGAGGGGAGUUCUCGCAAAGCCAACCCAUGAUUCAAUUAUACGAUUGACUCCUCCACUGUCAAUAAGUCCGGAUGAACUCCAACAAGCCUCAGAAGCUCUACAUGAUGUUUUCGACCUUGAUCUGGCAAGUAUUAAAAAAGAGAAGAUGGAUACUGCCCCUGCCCUAGAUACCCAUUCUAGCACCUGUGAUAGAUGUGGGCGCAACCUGUACGGUUCUUCAUAAAUCCCUUCAAUUACAUGCACUUGGUUUCCAAUAUGUCUCUGCUAUUUUGUUCCAUUACUCUGCAUUGAAUAAUUUAUUUUGGGAUAACUACAUUUCAAUAUAACCACAAAAUUCUCUUA